AGAAGAAGCAAUGGCUGAUCAAAUUCUACUUCUUGGGAAUAUAAGAACACUUUACAUUUAUGGAUUACAUUAUUUCUCUAACCUCGCACUUCAUCAAAAUAGUUGUUCUAAGAUUAUAUUAUCCCAUAUGGUCAGCUUGCGUGUUUUGAGAUUUCAUGCACCUUCUUUUAAAUGCAGCUCUGAAUGUAUAGAUUCGAUAGGUUACCUACAACAACUUCGUUAUCUCUCUAUCUAUGUCAGGGAUAUCUAUAUGACAGAGAACUCAUUAUGUGGCCUUUACAAGUUACAAACAUUAAUACUCGAAUCAAAUUAUAUAAAUUUUCUACCCCAUGCAAUGGGAAAACUUGUCAACUUACGUCACUUGAUGAUUGUAAGCAUGAAUCGAGCAUUGGUGCCGAAAUCAUAUUUCGGGAGUAAAAAUCUCCUUUUUUUUAGUUUUAAUCAUAAGGCAAGAAAUGAAUUGGUUGCAUCUACAUAUCACGUGAGAAGAGAUGGCCCAUAUUCUAGUAUUAGAUGGUUGAAACCCCUAACAAAUUUACAAAGAAGUUUGAAGCUUUAUGGGCUUGAAAAUGUGGUCGAUCAUGAAGAUGCAAAGAAUGCCAAUUUGCAAAGUAAGCUAUAUGUCGAGAGCCUAACACUUAUCUGGAAUUGUGGUAAAUAUGAUGAAUGUGCAAGAAAUGAUAAAGCUAUUCUUGAAGGCCUCCAACCCCACACAAACCUUAAAAAGUUAACCAUAGAUGGCUACAAUAGUAGUAGCUUUCCAAGUUGGUUUGGAAAUCCUCACUUCUCCAAUUUAGCAAAUAUAAGGUUGAGAAAUUUCAAAUGCAAGUUUCUUCCUCUGUCUAAGCUGCCAUCCCUCACGUCACUUGAAAUUAUUGAUAAUAAAGGGAUAACUAGAAUGGGGCAAGAUUUUUGGCAUUAUAAUGCUCCUCUUGAUUGCCUUGAGAAUUACUCUAUAGAGGCCCAUGUGGGUUUUCAUUCAUCUGGAUAUCAGACAUAUAAAAGUUUUCUUAAAUGGAAAGAGAGUCCAAUGGUGAAGAAUGGUGAUUUCUCAAUCCUUAAGUGUUUACACAUAUUUCAUUGCAAAAACCUGCAACAAAUAUCAGCCUUCCCAUCAAGUCUUGUGGAAUUUUUAGUGGCAUCUUGUGAAAGACUUGAAUAUAUUUCACUUCCUUUUAGCUCGGGACAUCUUUCAAGGCUUCAAAAAAUAAAAAUUUAUCGUUGUGACAAUCUCAAGUCAGUGAUCAACUUGAAUAAUCUUCUUGGCACUCUUAAAGUUUUGAAGUUAGCUAAUUGUUGCCAACUCAAGCCUGAUCCAGACGAAGACUUUGAUCUUUCAUUGGGAAGAGUUUCAUUUGAAGAAGGCUUUGCACUUGUAUUUGAAUGUCCAGGGAUGAGAGAGUGGUGCCAAUGGCAUGGUUUCACCUAUCGAGAUAAGGAUCGGACGGUUCUUAUGGCUAUGCUUCAGGAUUGGGAAUCUGACGGCAGCUGUUCCGACAAGAGUCGGAGUUGGCGCUGGCGCAGCAUUUUGGGAAAGGAUUCUGACAACAGCUCUUCUGACGAGGAUUCUAAUGAUAGCUCUUCCGAGGAGGUUGAUUAUCUCCAAAAUAAAUUCAUUUGUCUUGGUCAUCUUAGGGGUGAGUGUAACGUCCACUCCUCUUUCUCAUUGCUUAUUCUGAAAUCUAAUGCUAAUCCUGUUUUGUCUAAUGGGAUUACUUCUAAUCCUUCUAAGAGUGAGGAAAAUAUUAUUAGGAGUGCUUCUGCUGUUUUGAAUAAAGAUAUCUUAAGUGGAAAUGUGGUUGUUGUUCCUCUUAUUGUUAACUAUCUUAAUAAUUCUGAUGGGAAAGCUAUUGUUGAGAAGGACCAUCCGCUAAAUGUUGUUAUUCCUAAUUCUACUCUUGCUUUGUCUAUUAAUAAUUUGGUGGUGGAAGAGGUUAAUGCUGUGAAGGGGCUUCUGACUGCUGCGCUUUUGAGGGGUAUUAGUGAUCCGCUAGGUGUUAGUGGAGUGGAUUGUGGGGUCUCUUCUCAUUAUAGGACCGAUGUAGCUCCUAUUGUUGGGUAUAGUCCGUUGUCCCUUUUGUCUGAUGUUGGAAAUGAAUAUGUUGUUUUUAUAAAUUCUGGUGGUAAUUGUAUUUCUUCUAAUCCUGAAGCUUGUAACUUUGUUGGUUCUAUGGUUGCUAUGGUUUCUGAUGUGCAUGUGGAAUGUGUUAAUAAUGUUGUUGCUGCAGUAGGUUUGACCAGUAAUUUGAGGGAGAUGGAGAAGGUGCCUUGUGUCUAUGAUCCAAUUGAGCUUAUGUCUUCCAAUGAAUUGAAGGAACUACUUUGUAGGAUGCAGGAUCUGGUUGUUGGUGGCUUCGGAGCUUCCGCUGGCUAUUUUUUAUUUGGUUUUGAAUUGUUUUUACCUCUUCCGUUGGAGCAAUUAUUUCGUCCGGUCAACCGAACGCCUUCGGAGGCCAACAACCACGUGCCACGUCACAAAAAACUCGGUAUUGAGCACUCGGGUCUGGAAAUGGCAGGGACAACUUCUUUGAUCAUCUCCAAUCUAUUAUCUUCCUUUGAAAGAUUAUCUCAGUUUAUGCCUACCUUUUGUUCACCGGAUGCAACUUCCUCAUCAUCUAUAUCACAUGAAGAUGUAACUGCUAUUGAAGUUAAUUCGAUCCAAAAAAGAUUAAUGGAGGAUUUGAGCCGAUUGUCGAGGAUGCUGCGAAGAAUUCAGGCAGUCCUUCAUGAUGCUGAGGAGAGGGAGAUCAAUGAGAAGGCCAUCCAGCUAUGGCUCAGCGAGCUUAGAGAAGUUGCUUAUGAUGCUGAAGAUGUCUUGGAUCAAUAUGAUUAUCAAGUUAUCAAAACCCAAUUGGAAGGAAUGACAGUAACAACUGAAGCAAAGCCUUCUCUAAAGAGGAAACGAGUUGAUGAUGGUGAUGUUUUUGGCUACCAGGUAUCACUACCUCCUAAUUCAAUUAAAAUUCCCAUUUCUUGUGACAUGGCCAUGAGGAUCAUUGAGAUCAUAAAGAAAUUUGAUGAGAUUGCAAAUGAUAGAAAAGCACUUAUGCUUAAAGAAGAGGAUGCACCUAGACGAUCUUAUUUUAAUAAUGUUAUGAAGAGGCCACCGAGUAGUUCUCAUGUGCAUGAAUCUGAUAUUAUUAUUGGAAGGGAGAUGGAAAAGAGAGAAAUAAUUCAAUUGUUAAUGUCUCAUUCUGAGACAAAGAACAUUGUAAUUCCCAUUGUUGGGAUGGGGGGUGUGGGAAAGACGUCACUUGCUCAACAUGUAUACAAUGAUCCUGUGGUAUGCCAACAUUUUAGCCCAAAGAUUUGGGUUUGUGUCUCCGAACAAUUUGAAGUUUUGGGAAUAACAAAAGAAAUUGUGUCAUCCAUUGAGGAUUCAUCCAAGUACAAUGACAAUAAUAACUUGAAUUAUCUUCAAUGCAAACUUAAGGAUGCUCUAUUAAAUAAAAAAUUUCUUCUUAUUCUUGAUGAUGUCUGGAAUGAGAGAGCAGAUAUAUGGGAGGUCCUACUAGCCCCCUUUUCAAGUAUUGGAGUGGGAAAAAUUAUUAUAACAACUCGAUCUAUGUCAGUUGUUGGCAUCAUGAAAACGGUGUCCCCACUACAGCUUGGAUGCUUGCAUGAAGAGAAGUCAUGGUUAUUGUUCAAAAGACAUGCUUUUCAUGGUUGGCAGCAAGAUCAACAACUGGAUUUUGAACAACUUGGGAGGAGAAUUGCUAAGAAAUGUGGCGGAUUGCCUUUGGCUUUAAAAGUUAUUGGAGGAUUUCUACACAAUGAAUUUAAGGAGCAGACAUGGAAGGAUGUGUUAAACAAUAAUUUAUGGGAUCCCAAAGAAAUUAUUUUGUCAGCAUUAAGGAUAAGCUACAAUCACUUGCCAUUGUAUCUUAAACGAUGCUUUCUCUAUGCAUCUCUGUUCCCAAAGGAUCAUUACAUAAAUAAACAAGAAUUGAUAAGAAUGUGGAUCGAUCAAGGUUACAUUCAGCUCACAGAAAGAAAAAUAUUAUGGGAAGAUAUUGCAGUUGAAUACUUUGAAGACUUAGUGAGAAGGUCAUUCUUUCAAUGCUCGAAAUAUGAUGAGAUGUUCUUUUUGCAUGACAUGGUGCAUGAUUUAGCUCAAUCUAUAACCAAAAAUGAAAUAUGUUCUUUAUUAGAGUUUGAUGAAUUGAAGAACAUCCCCAAAGAUGCAAAGCAUAUAUUCAUGAAAGGCACAAUCAAUGAUCCUUUUUUUGAGUUUGAUGAAUUGACGAACAUCCACAAAGUUGCAAAGCAUAUAUUCAUAAAAGGCAUAAGCAAUGAUCAGGUUCUUCCACUCGGGAAUAUAAGAACACUUUACAUUCAGAGAUUAUAUUCUAAGAUUCCAUUAUCUAAUUUGGGAUGCUUGCGUGUUUUGACACUUGGUUUUUGUCAUUGUGUAUGCAGCUAUGAAUUUAUAGAUUCGAUAGGUUACCUACAACAACUCCGUUAUCUCUCUAUAUGUGCACAGGUAAACUGUAUGAGGGAGAGCUCAUUAUGUAGCCUUUACAAGUUACAAUCACUAAUACUCCAAUCAUCUAAUAUAAAUAUGCUACCCAAUACAAUGGGAACACUUAUCAACUUACGUCACUUGAUGAUCAUAAGCAAAAAUCAAGCACUUGUGCCGAAAUCAUAUUUCGGGAGUAAAAAUCUCCUUACGGUUAUUUUUGAUGAGGUACAAAAUGAGUUCGUUUCAUCUACGUAUCACGUAAGAAGAGAUGGUCCAUACUCUAGUAUUAGAUGGCUGAAACCCCUAGCAAAUUUACAAAGAAGUCUAAAGCUUUAUGGGCUUGAAAAUGUGGUCGAUCAUGAAGAUGCAAAGAGUGCCAAUUUACAAAGAAAGCCAUAUGUCGAGAGGCUAGAACUUAUCUGGAAAUGUGGUAAAUAUGAUAAAUGUGCAAGGAAUGAUAAAGCUAUUCUUGAAGGCCUCCAACCCCACACAAACCUUAAAGAGUUAACCAUUGAUGGCUACAAUAGUAGCAGCUUCCCAAGUUGGUUUGGAAAUCCUCACUUCUCCAAUUUAACAAAAAUAAGGUUGACAAAUUUCUAUAGCAAUGAAGAAUGCAGGUUUCUUCCUCUGUCUAAGCUACCAUCCCUCACUUCACUUCAAAUUAUGCUUAAUAAUGAGAUAAUUAGAAUGGGGCAAGAAUUUUGGUGUAUUAAUGCCCCUCCUGAUGGUCUUGAGAAUUACUCUAUAGAGACCCAUGUGGGUUUUCCUUCAUCUGGAUAUCUCACAAAUAAAAGUUUGCUUGAAUGGAAAGAUCGUCUAAUGGUGAAAAAUGGAGAUUUCUCAAGCCUUAAGUGUAUAAACAUAUUUGAUUGCGAAAACCUACAACAAAUAUCAUCCUUCCCCUCAAGUCUUGAGAUACUUUAUGUGAAAUCCUGUAAAAGUCUUGAAUAUAUUGCACUUCCUUAUAGUCUUGGACAACUUCCUAGGCUUCAAAAAGUGAAAAUUUUUUGUUGUGACAAUCUCAAGUCAGUGAUCAACAUGAAUAAUCUUCUUGGCACUCUUAAAGUUUUGAAGUUACUUAAGUGUAGUCGGCUCGAGCCCGAUUCGGACAAAGACUUUGAUUAUUCAUUUGGAAGAGUUUCAUUUAAAGAAGGCUUUGCACUUGUACAUGAAUGUCCACGGAUGAGAGAGUGGUGCCAAUGGCAUGGCUUCGCCGGUGACAAGGAUUGGACGGCUCAUAUGGCUAUGCUUGAGGAUUGGGUUUGCGACUAUAACUCCUUCGUUGGGGAAUCUGACGACAGCUCAUCCGACGAGAUUAUUCCUGAAUUGGCUAAGGAUCAACAGGAAUUUAUUCAUCAAAAUUCGGGGAGAACAGUUUCUUCUAUGGCAUUUGAAGCUACAGUGCAUCAUCAGAUUGAUAAUCACUAUUGGAAAUGGACCAAGAAGGUAAUGUUGAAUCCUCGGGUGGAGGUACUCUGGUGGCGUAUGUUUUGUAAUGCUAUUCUUAUAUUUCAAUUUCUGAAGUAUAGAAGAUUACAAGAUGUUAAUUCAUAUACUGGAGGUUGCAUUGUUGUGGAGGACCACGAACAUGUGGCGGUGAAAUGCUCAAAGUAAAUUCAAGUGAUUCAAUGUCUAAAUAACUGGUGCUUUCUUAUUCCUAUUUUUGAUUCAUUUGCUGAAUGUUGCAGCUGGUUGGAAUUAUGCUUUGCUUCUAAGAAUGCUUUUCUGAUUAAUUUAUAUUGUUUUGCUGUUUAUUUA